CAACAAAAAAAACAUAGUCGGAUUGACGUUGAUUGUUGACCAACUCUAUUGAGUCAAAGUAAGGAAAAACUUGGAAGCAGAGAGUUCUGAUUGUCUGUGCUUUCAAUGGCUACUUUUCAUAUCAGAGAAAAUGAUGACAAACACCACCCUGUUUCAACCCUUGUCAUUUUCACUGCCAUGGAUUCAGAAGCACUCCCCAUUAUUGAAUUCUUUAAGCUUUCACCAGAUGAUGGUUCUUUGUUUCCGUUAGGUGUCCCUUGGAUCAGAUAUCAUGGUACUUACAAGGAUCUAAAUAUAAAUCUCAUUUAUCCAGGAAGAGACCCCGACUUAGGGGUCAAUAGUGUAGGAACGGUUCCUGCAUCUCUUGUGACUUAUGCUUCUAUUCAAGCAUUGAAGCCAGAUCUUUUGAUAAAUGCUGGCACUGCUGGUGGCUUUAAAGUGAAAGGAGCUUGCAUAUUUGAUGUGUUUUUGGUUUCAGAUCUUGCGUUCCAUGAUAGACGGAUUCCAAUUCCAGGUCCAGAUAAAUAUGGAGUUGGGAGACGGCAGAGUUUCUCCACACCAAAUCUUGUGAAGGAGCUUAAGCUAAAGGUUUGCAAUCUCUCUACGGGAGAUUCUUUGGAUAUGACCCCGCAGGAUGAAACAUGCAUAUUGGCCAAUGAUGCAACAAUCGUUGAUAUGGAGGGAGCAGCUGUGGCUUAUGUGUCUAGUCUUAUGAGAGUCCCGGCAAUAUUUAUAAAGGCUGUAUCCAAUUUUGUUGAUGGUGAAAUUUCCAUUCCUGAAGAUUUUGCACAAAAUUUGCAAGCAACUGUUGUGGCACUACGAGAAGUGGUUGCCCAGGUGGUUGAAUUUAUUAAUGGUAAGUGCCUCUCUGAACUGUGAUGAUCAAUCUGGUAUCCUAUACUAGACCUUCGUUGAUCAGCCAAUCUGGUCCAACAUGAUUUGUAAUCUGUAUAAUUCAUACAUUUUUGUUUGAGUGUAUGCCUUUGAAAAGAUAAUUUGUUGUGUGCAAUUGUUUCGACCGAUAGAAUUUGUAAAACCUUUUAUCUUGAUAUAUUAACGGUGAAGUUGAAGGAGAUGCAAAACUCCACAUUAGUA